CACUGCUGUGUAACGAUUCCUUCCUUUCUGGGCCUGGAUUCUUCGACAAACGGAUGGCUUAGGUACUCCAAACAUGCUCCUGCACGAAAUCGUCCGCCCCCUCAUUGCAAACGCUUCCACGCGUUCCACGGAACGAUUUUUCUUCAGAUCUUCCUCUGAACAGAUGACCUACCCCAAACGUGCUACUGCCCAAGAUCGUCAUGGACUAUGAAUGCGGCACCUGCGGUAAGGUCUUCCCUGCUGGUUGGCGAGCUCGGGAGAACCACUGCCGCGCAACCGGCCAUGAGCCGCCCGACUUCGAAUGCGAGAGAUGCCCUCGAUGGUUCCGCAGCUGGCAGGCUUGCUUCCAACAUAUGAGCGCCAAGAACCACUUCGCUCUUGAAUGCCACAUCUGCGAUGAGACCUGGCCGACAGAAGAAGAUCGAACCACUCACGAGAACGAAGACCAUUACUACUGCGCAGACUGCGAUCGCAACUUCCGCAACUACAACAAUCUCAAGAUGCAUCUCCAGUCGCGCAUCCAUAGAGGCGAGCAGAUGGCCUGCCCCUUCUGCAAGAGAUGCUUUACCACCUCAACCGGGGUCGCCCAUCACCUUGAGUCGAGCGCGUGUCCCAAUGCUCCCCACAUCAACCGAGACACGGUUUACCAGGUCAUUCGGUCAAGGGACCCUCACGGCGCCAUCUCAAAGAAGUUGCUUACAUGGCAAGGGUCCGACCAGACACGGUACGAGGCCACUGGCCGGUCCUGGAAUGGAUGUGCCUAUGAAUGCUAUUUCUGUCACCGCGAGUUCGGCAAGUUGCAAAGCCUCACCCAGCACCUGAACUCGCCCGCUCACCAGCAGGAGCUUGAUCACUGUCCAAACAGGGCCUGCAGGAUGGACUUCAAGACCUUGGCCAGCGUGAUCAAUCGCCUAGAGAGCGAAUCGUGCGGAUUCAUGCGCUUCGAGGCCGUCCAGGGGAAAAUGGGGAACGUGCUGCGCGGCGACCGCCUCCUGACGUUCUGACCGCGUGAUGAACCGGUACCGCUCCUUAGCCUGUCUCGGACCCAGACGCGGUAACUAUAUGGGCAGUGUGCUGCCGCUACAUGCCUAGAAUGGCAGUAAGAGGCGCCUGAGAGGAGUCGCUUUGGCGAACAAAUUUGUGGCUUGUUAGGAAUGUGGAGGAAAGGAUACUGAUACCGGACACAUCGGACCUGGGCGAGGGAACGCUCACGAUGUACGUAAACAUACUGGCGUUAGGGCGCAUAUCAGGGCAAGCUUAUUGCCCCACCUCGAUUCUUCCGGUUCUGCCUACGAAAUGCAUCUCGAGUAUCCGUGUUCGGUAUGUGAGUCCUGUCGCUAGCCUUUCUUACUGUCCGAGUCCGCAAUGCUCCAGUGCCGCGGAGAACUCGUUCUCUACUUGUUCCCCUCUCGCCAACAUCUAGCAGCCCGU